AUGAAGUACACAUCAGUCAUCUCACUCUUCCUGGCCAGCGUCGCCGUGGCCGACCUUCCAUACGGCAUGCCAGAGGGCAAGCGGGAGUUUGCCCCAGAAGAGCUCCCUCCAAAGCACUGGACGGGUACAUGGGGUGGAGAGCAUCCCACAGGCCCGCCUACUGGUGGGUGGUCCGGUCCAACUGGCACAGGAGGUCAGCACCCGACCGGUACCGGCGGCCUGCCUGGUCCCACCGGCAUUGGAGGAGGUUACGGAGGCCAGGGCCCUCCGCCACAGUGGACAAAGGGAGAAGGCAACCACCCCGUCAGACACAUCAAGGAGCAGGCGUCCAAGCCCACGACGCUCGAGACCAAGACCGGCCAUAAGACCGGCCACAGCGGACAUGGCACCGGUGGUCCUUCCGGGACUGGCGGCCAGCACCCUACUGGUACCGGCGGCUGUGGUCGUCCGACCGGUACUGGUGGCGCCAUCCCGGGAGACAAGCCCUCGGAGGGCUGGCACAAGCCCAUCCAGCCUCCCGUCAUAACUGCUGUCUAA